AUGCAAAGAAAUGGACAUAUUGAUAAUAAAAAGGUUUCAAUUAAGGUAGAUUGUUUGGAUAUAUUUUGGCUUGUAUAGUUUAAGAUUAAUCAUACUUAUUAUGGAUCUAUUUAUAGAAACGCUUCUGGAAUUCAAACCCAUCGAUUAAAAAUAUUUUCACAUUCUUUAGGUUAUUUGUUGCCAUCAUCAUUUUAUAACUUGAGUGAAAAUUAUGUAUUGAUUGCAUAUUUCAACAUUCCUAAAUAUCCAUUUCUUUUUCAACAAUAGGGAAUUAUUCGUAAAUAUCUAUGUAAUUUACUUAGAGAUGACACAGCAGGAUGGGGAAUGGGUUAGGUUGAUAUUUACUCUGGAUAUUGCUGUAGAGAUUGUUAGUUGUGUGAAGUAUCAUUUAAAUGUAAGUCUUGUAAAAAAGGGUACUAUUUAUGUCAAGAUGAUACUUGUAUAUCAAGAUGCUC